UGCACAGUAAAACUCUUUUAUAGGAAGAAAGCUAUUGCAUUCCUACUUCCUCUUCAAGUUUUUAAGACCCAUCACCGACUCUCUGUAACUUCUUGAUUCAUUAGCAAUGGCAUCUUCAAGACUCUGUCUGCUCCUCCUAUUCUUUCUCUUCUCCUUUCUUUUUAUCAAUCAGCAAGUCAAAUGCGAUGAGGAGGAUACACUCCUCGAGGGCAUCAACAGUUACAGGAAAUCCUUGAAUUUGACUACCCUUACAAAGAAUGACAAUGCAGAAUGCCUUGCUGACGAACUAGCUGAUCAAUUUAAGGAUCAGCCUUGUACAAACACCACAGGCUCCAACACAGUAUCAGGCACUGAACCUCAGUUCCCUAAUUAUGAAAGCAUUUUGGCCAAAUGCCAUUUGAAUAUUUCCAACACGAGGGAUGGAGUUUCAAUGCCUGCUUGUGUUCCCAACUUGGAUCCAAGUCUUGUACUUACUAACUUCACACGGACUCAGUACUCGGGUAAUCUCAAUGAUACUAAAUAUACUGGAGUCGGGAUUGGUUCUGAUGGUAACUGGAUUGUUGUUGUUCUGACUACUAGCACGCCUGAAGGAAACUUUGAAAAUGCAGCGCCUAAUAGUGAUAGUGCAGGCAGCCUGACAACCAAGAUUGGUCUUUUCUCUCAAUUAUUGGUUCUGCCGGUGGGUUCUCUCUUCUUCUUGUAAACUAAAUGGCUGGUUACCCUUUCAUUGCACUAAUAUUCUGCUGCGGAAGGCAAUUGAUUAGAGGGUGUCUCCGAUUCAUGUUUUGCGUUUUGUAGUUGUGGGGCAAGGAUAAAUUUUUCCAAUUACACCUGUUUCCUUUUAGUAAAACAUUAUAAAUUCCUUUAUAACUGGAUAUCUAGGGCUGCUAUAUCAUCUUGCCUUCUCCAUUACUGUUGUUUGCUAUGUAAUGAUCAUUUUUAUGUCUCACGAAGAUGAACAAAAGAUCAGAGCAUUGUAUCUUUUAUCAGAUGCAAUUCCAGUUUAGCAAGCACUUGAUAUCAUCUUCAUAAUAAAUGUGCUUCAUACA